AUGGCCUCGUCUCUUGCCGCGCAGCUGUCGCAAAUCGCGGCCAAGUCGACACACGAGCUUGAUCUCAAAGCGCAAAGGGUGUCACACUCACAAUCUUUGAUUUUUGAUGCGAAAGUCGCUGGGAGUCAAGACUUCGAUGCAAUCUAUGAUAUCUGUUAUGAUGGGUUCCAGGAGUUGUGCUCGUUGGACCCCCGGUUUGCGGAGUUUGAUCGUACGAUCUUCAGCGAGCAGAGCAAGGCGGAAGACCGCGGCCAGAUGAAUUUACAGCAAAACAAGGAGCUGGACAGUGCGAUUGAAGCUUUCUUGGCUUUGGUUGGCGGCAGGUUGCAGUUAAGUCCUGCGGUCAAGGCGGUGGAUUGGCUUGUGAGGCGGUUUAGGAUCCAUGAGUUCAACACCACUGCCGUGUUAUUGACGUUCCUUCCCUACCAUACAACACCGUUAUUCUUGAACCUCCUAUCAAUUCUUCCGGAAGGUCUUCCGACGACUUUCAAGGUACUCAAGCCAUACCAGAAUGGGCUCAUCAACCCGCCGAGGCAUCCGCUUGUUCACAGCGCCGCAACGAAUAAGGCCUUUUUCGCUGAACUGAACCAAUACGUCCUUCAAGUGUGUCGACAGGAAGCACAGAGUCACGCACUGCUCGCCUUCUGGGCUGGAGUUGUUACAGAGGCCGUUGCAACAAUGUUGGAUGGCGCUCGAUCAGGCAGAAGGGAGACCGAAAAGCGAAAGCAUGAAGAUAUCCUUUUACGGGUAUUGCCGGUGCUCAGUGCUGCUUUUACAAUGAAAAAGGCCUCGGAAUUGAUUGUGGGAAGCUACAUGAUCUGUGUUGUACUGGCACAAAAAGCCUUCCUCUCGGACGAUGUGAUUAAUGGCGUCAUGGAGAGUGUUGUGGGGUCUUGGACUGAAGAUACCAAAACAUCUGGUCUAAUUUGUCUAUCGGUCCUUUCUCAACACAAGCCUACGGUGACAAUCCCGAGAAAGGUCUUCAAGGGUAUCUUGCGUCUCAAAAACCCUAUCAGCCAACUUUCCGAAAUUGCUGCCGAAUAUCAGACAUCGAAUCUGCUGCUGGGGAUCAUUGCCGGCUGCUUGACGGAUCUUGACCAGCAGGACAACUCUCGCCUUGCAAUCUUGGCCUCUAUCUUUGAACGCAAGCUGCUUGGUGAGGGCGAAAUUGGCAAGGCUAUGAGCUUAGUUCUGGAAGCCGCUUCCAACACCGAUGAAACCCGUGGGAUGUCGUUGGACGCCCAGACCCAGCUCGCUGAGUUGGUGCAAGGAUUUAACCGUUCGGAAACUCUCCAGCCUAUUUUCCGGAAGACUCUGACAGGAGCUUCAUUCAACAUUUCAGCCCUGGAACACAAUCUCCAGACUGUUGUGGAGGCACCUCUUGUAGCACCAGCUACCGAAGAUGUCGAUAUGGUCGAUGCAGAUGAGCAGCCCGAAGUCGACUCCUUCACUCCAGCUCUAGAGUCCUUGACCAGUGAGACCUUGUACCCCUCAUCAUUCCUCUCCCAGCAAUCUAUUGUCGAAUUCGACAACCUGGUACGCGUCUUCGCUUUGGCUGUGGACUCCGAGGAGAGGCUUGAGCUAUUCACCAAUCUGCCGAUCCUUGGCAAAUCACAGGCUAUCAAGUCUCCUCAGUACUUAUCUUUCUUCAUCAGAGUCGUUGCUGGCCACUACCCCAUCGGAACAAAGAUUGCUGCCUUGAACGUCGUAUCAUCUGUCCUGUCAUCUGCGCCCGCGGACUUUGAUCCUCAGACACUGCUGCCGUUCCUGCUUGUUUCUCUCUCGGAUCCUUCCGAACGCAUCCGCCGCGAGACUGCUGGUGUUCUAGCUGUUGUCGACUCUCUGUACAAGAAGAACUCCAAGGCUAGUGAUAGCGCAAAGCCCUGGGCCCACGACACGAUAUAUGGCAAGGGACAGCAUUCUGCGGAUCUUGCAUGGCUGCCAGCCAAGGAUGCGCAAAAGGUCUUGGAGCGUGCAUUGCUUCCUGGUUUGGAGGAGUCUAUUCUUGACCCUAACCACAUUGGCAGGACGGUGGAGGCUACCCUACGGGGCUAUGUUCUGUCCGAGGCUUCGGGUGCAUCUGAACUGAAGAAGUCCCUCCGUCUCAGUCUAUUUACUUUCCUCUGCUCUCAUAUUGUCAAGGUGCCGGUCUUUGCACCCAAAAUUGGCUUGCUGAAGCUGAUCAACAGCGUUGAAAAAGUUUCUACUGCCACGCUGACCAGCGAGCUUCUCCCGCUACUCGAAGAUUGGCGCCGCUUGAGCGAGAAGGAAGUUGAAGAGAUUUGCAGCAAGGAGCGUAUUGCGGCGUCUGAGACUGAGCAUCUGAUCGCUGCUAUUGUCACUUCCAAGGACAAGGACGCCAUCGAUGUUCUUCUUUCUAAUGUUAGCUCUGGCGAUGCCUUGCGCCCGGCCUUUGUUGCCGCUUGCUUUGGCCAAAUCAAGCAGAUUUGGCCGAAGAUCCAUGAAGACCGUCAGCUGGCCGCAUCCGAGAAGUUGCUCGACAUCUCUCUUGGAGAUUCCGCAAAUGCUUCUUUGCCAAACAACUGCCGAGAUGUGCUCCGUACCGUCGAGCUUUCUGGUGCUGUUCUUAAGCAGUUUGUUGAGAAGAUUCCUGUGUCUAUCACCGAUGUUGAGUCCGUCGGUCCUGCACCCAAGCGCAGACGCACGAGCCAGAACAACAUGGUUGCUAUGACUGUCAAGGACGAGGCGGAACUCAGCAAGUUGAUGGACAAGAUGACUUUCAUCUUGGAGAUCGUGGACAGCUCUUCCCCAGAAACCCACCCUGAGCUGGUCGCUGGAUUGUUCCAGACUCUCGCCGCUCUUCACCACUUCAAGUCCCAGAUCCAAUCUGGUAUGAGCUACCUUCUCACGCUGACCUUGGGAAGUCUUCUGGCCAUUGUGAACAAGUCCAAGGGCUCUGCUAAGCCACAGUUCGACACAUCCGUCAUCAGGGCUGACCUUGUUGUGGACUGCGUGCGGACUACAGACAGCCCCCAGGUUCAGAACGGAGCUCUUCUUUUGGUGGGAAGCUUGUCUGUCAUUGCGCCUGAAUUGGUCCUCCACAGUGUCAUGCCUAUCUUCACGUUCAUGGGCAGUACUGUUCUCCGCAAGGAUGAUGACUACUCUGUGUCGGUUAUUGACCAAACCAUCGAUCAAGUUGUUCCGGCCCUCAUCCAAUCUCUGCGUAACCAGAAACGAGAUGUUGUUUCUGGAACAUCCGAAUUGCUGCUCAGUUUCACUGCAGCCUUCGAGCAUAUCCCCUCGCACCGCCGCCUGAGACUCUUCCAUGCGUUGAUCAGCAAGCUUGGCACACAAGACUUCUUGUUCGCUGUCCUGGCCAUGCUUGCUAACCGGUACUCUACCGACAAGGAUGUCCUCACUUUGAUGACUGGUCUGGUUUCGGAUACCACUCCUGUCGUGGAGCUUACCACUUACAGCAAGUACCUCAACUUGGUCAGCGACUCUUUGAAGCCCAAGCCCAGUAUCUCCCAGGUUCUUCUUGGAAUCAACAGCGACGAUGGUCGCGAUCCGCAGAGCAUUUGCGUCGACCUCCUGCGUGACCUCGCUCACCUGUUCAAGCACUCUUCUCUCAAGUCUAAGCUUGAGACAGCCUUUGAAUCUGAUGGCCCCGUUGCGGAUCAGUCCCGCGCUUGCUUCUCCCGCGUCCUGGAGCAGGUUCUCAGCAUUGGCGAGGCCGUACAGAGUAUGAAGCCCGUCAACCACGCUUGUGGCGAGGUUCUCAGUGCUCUGUUUAGUACUUUGUCUCUCGUCGACUUCCUGGACACCAUCGAGGUUCUCCUCCAGGGCCCCAAUGACGAGCUCCGCCGCAAGGUUCUCCGUCUGCUUGAGACUCGUCUGCGCCAGACCGCAGAGCGCGAUAAUCUGUCUCAGAUUCGCGUUCUGGACUUCCUGCCUAUUCUGGUUAGCAUUGUCGAGUCCUCUCCGGAUAUGCUGCUCAAGCAUGCUGCUGUUUCGUGCAUCGAUCGUAUCACCGACAAGUACGGCCGUAAGGACCCAUCCAAGGUUAUCGCUGCUGCCCGAGUGGUUGCCAGUGAAUCUUGCCUUGGCCAAUCCGAUGACCGCAUCCGUUACAUGGGUAUCUUGUGCUUGGCCUCUAUGGCCGAGGUGCUGGGUCAGGCCAUGAUUCCUGCCCUCCCAGACACACUCAAGCGUUCAUUGGAACUGCUCGACUUGAGUCUGACUGCUGGCAAGGAGAACUCGCGACUGCACGACGCUAUCUUCACACUCUUCUCUGCUCUCUUCGUCCACCUGCCAUUCAUGAUCUCAGCUGGUCACUUGGACAAGAUUUUGGUGUUGUCCUUCAAGUCUGCUAACGCGGAUAUCGAGGAGGCCAGUGAUGAAAGCCGUCAAGACUCCCUGCGCCUGAUGGCUCGCAAGGUAGACGUGGCUGCCACCCUUGGUGCUGUCGAUCGCAACUGGCAAAACGCCGUUCAGGCUGGUCCCAUUGCUGUCAACGAGCUUUUGGAAGUGGUCACCGUCGCGGUCGACAAGCACCCCAAGUCAACCAUUGCCAAGAACAUUGGUGUUCUCACGAAGAUCCUGUUCAAGGCGUUCGAUCUGCGCCGUGAGCAGAUCGCUCUUGGCGACAAGGCUAUCUUCGAAUCGUCUGCUCUUGACGAGGCCGAGGCCGCGCUCAACGAUGUCACAAUCAAGAUGAUCUACAAGCUCAACGACAGCACCUUCCGCCCCAUCUUCCUCCAGUUCGUCGAGUGGGCCACCACUGGUGUCCCGAAGACAGACGCGGCGGCUCGAAUCUCGCGUCUCACGACUUUCUACAAGUUCCUCGAAGUCUUCUUCGGCACUCUCCAGUCCAUUGUCACUGGGUACUCUAGUUACAUCUUGGAGAACGUUAUCAGUGUCCUAAACACAUGCGGUCCCUCCAAGGCCCAAAAGUCCCUCUGGCUAGCAGCCCUCCGCAUGCUGCGCAAGUCCUUCGAGCACGAUCAAGAUGAAUUCUGGCAAAGCCCCUCCCAUCUCGCCAGUAUCUCCGGGCCCCUAAUCGCCCAACUCGGCCACGCCACAACCGCCACAACCUCCAACAUGGUCGUCGCCGACGUCGUCCCCACAAUCACCGAGCUGGCCAUUGCUGCCGACUCAACCGAUAACCACAAGGAGCUGAAUACCGCCCUUAUGAAAUACCUCCGUCCUUCCUCGGCGCCCAAUGCCCGUUCUGCGGGCGGCGAUAGUCCGCACACCCGUCUCGCAGCGCUCAAGACUGAACAGGCUCUUACCGCGCAGCUGGGCGAGGAGUGGCUGGCGCUUUUGCCGGAGAUGUUGCCUUAUAUCUCUGAGCUUAUGGAGGAUGAGGAUGAGAGUGUUGAGAGGGAGGUGAGGAAGUGGGUCAAGCAGAUUGAGAAGGUACUUGGUGAGCGUCUGGAUGAUAUGUUGACUUAG